AUGUUCUCCAUUUUGGACGCUGCCAAUGGAGGUUUUAGCAGCAGCAGGCCCAGGACAGCGGCAGACCGCGCUUGCGACCAGUGCAAGAGUCGAAAAGUCAGAUGUGCAGUGCAGGAGCCGAAAAGUCAGAAGCCCUGCUUGACUUGCGCGGCCAAAGGAGUCACGUGCACUUAUGACAAGGCGAGGAAGAAGCGCGGUCCAGUUGGCAAACGCAUCGAGGAGAUUCGGCUUCAUCAAAAAGGCCUGGCAACUGCUGGGGAACGCCAAGGCCCUUUGCAUAGCCCAACCGCGAGCAGCGGCCCACGUGUUUCUGCUGCACCAGCAGUCCGUAACGCAGCAUCGGAGGACCACAGGGAGCGGACGCCGACGUGGCCACUGUCACCAUCUCCCCCAAGUGUCGUCGAGGCCUCUCCAGGUACCCAUGCGGAAAUGGACUAUACACAGCAGCGCUCCCGACAGGCGGCGCAGCAUCCUGAAGAUAGAGGGUCAUCUGAGCAGCCGCUCCGCGAAUCGAGCUACGAGGACCUGAUGGCAAACACAAGCACAUUUCAAGUUGCGAGUCUACCAAAUGCGUCUCCUGCUCCCACUGGCAACCCAUUUGUCGCAAUUCGGGAGCUGGAUCUACCCCCCUUGACAGCAGCAGCCGAUAUCUGGCCCGUGAAAGUGAACGAGACAACCCUUCUGCCAUGGAUCGAUGUCUACUUUACAAGAUUACAUCCGACAAUUCCGAUAUUGAAUAGAACGAGCAUCUACUCCAACAUGCUGUUGCGCAAGCAUCGCACGGAUCCCCAGUAUGGUGCUAUGCUGCUGGGUCUCUGUGCCUUUGCUAUGACACAACCCGUUCAGACACAUGAGCAUGCUUCCCUGACAUCACGAAUAGAACAGGGGCGCCUGUUACUGGACGAGUGCGUCAAGAUGCGUGUUUCAGCAGAUUUUGGAGAGAAUCCCACAGUGGAGAUGGUUCUGACCAGCUUCUUCUUGUUCGCGUGUCUUUUCGGCAGUAGUCAGCACAAGGCGGCUCGACAUCGAUUGCGAGAAGCAGUGGAUCUGGCUCACUCGCUCGGACUUCACCUGCCCGAUUCUUACGUGGGGCUGUCCUCAGAGGUCAAAGAACAAUGGCUACGCACGUACUUGGUCUUAUCCGUCACUGAACGCGCUUACGCUCUACAACGGUACCAUCCCAUCAGUUUUCGCGGGCAACCCGGUAUCACUGUCCGUUUCAUGCAGGCCUUUGACCCACUCGUGACCAGCGAGUACAUAUCCUCUCUCAUAUACCAGGACCAGUCCGACUCGGUGGGUAUGACGGGGCUGCUGUACCUCAUGGACACACUCGAUGCUAUCAAUGAGAGCGUCAUGGACUGUUGGAAUGGAUUUUGUCGAUAUAGUGAUGGCAACUGCGAAGACUUCGAUCGACGCAAAGCUAUGCAAAUGUUUCGAGCGCAGAGACGGGUCCGUGAAGCUUCCAUCUCUGGCAACAUCUCCUUUGCUCCUUCCGUCACACCACUGCCACUUGCGCAGCUCUUUGAAAGCCAACAAGCCGAUAUUUCCGUGACACAGUUCUGGACAUUAAAUCGGCUGUGGACUCUCUGUCUAUCCCAUCAGCUAUUGCGGGAGCAGUCGGAUCAUUGUGAGUUGCGAGUCGACUUUGCUUGUCACGUUGCGCAUGCGGCACUGCGCUAUUGUGAAACGCUGGAGUUGGCAUCGAUGGAAAUCCAUGGUGUCGGGUUCAUUUCCAAGAUGUUUGACAUGGCCAUGGGAGUCAUUGUAGCCAUGAAUACUUCUGCCAGCAUAGAUCUGGACUCGGCGAUAUCGCCCAUCGAUGGCGACGCAAUCCCCAGUACUCUGGAUAGCACUGGAUCUGAAUUCACAGUCAGGGCAUUACUCAAAGGUCUCCACAACCUCAUAUGCCGGGACUUUCGAGGCGGGGAUCACGUGUACAAUGCACGACUUGCAGCGGCUCUCGAAGGCUUG